AUGGCGACACCUACCAAAGACAAUGGGGUGACGGAGCACAGCUCUACCCGUAUAACAAAGCCCAACACAGUUGGCAUGAACAGACCCUCAUGGUUUGAAGUGGUCGAAAAUCUGUCGCAACAGUUGGAUAAACCGAGACCCAAGUCCAAACCCCGAAUGGACUCAGAAACGGAGGAAGAAUACCCAGAGGGUUGUGAACGGCACGAACGUGAGAUCGAGGGUCAAAGGUCAGUGCCAGCAUCCACGCUCGAGGCAAUGAUGCGGGCUAUGAUAGACGCCCAGCAAAAGCAGACCGACAGGCUGAUGGCCAAGUUGGGGCCCCGUUUGGGUUAUGAAAUCUCGGACUCGCAACCCGGGCCGAGUACGUCCGGACUUGAGCAGUCUAAACCCGAUAAACAGGACGACGGCGAAAGUGAUGUGGCAGGCCUUGUGGCCGAGUUGAAGAGUUUCUUCGAUGACACGGAUGAAACAUCGCCAAAUGUGAGAGCCGAGCUUGCCUCAACUGUGAGUGAUGGGAUACGGAACGUGGUAAAUAUAAAAAAGAUCAAGGCGAUUAUGGAAAAGUACAAACGACCUGGAAAUUGUGAAGGACUUCUCGUCCCCCAGGUAAACGAUGAGAUCUGGAGACAAGCCAGAACGUUUGCCCAUACAAGAGACAUUCAACACCAACACACGCAGGCUCUCAUUACCAAGGCUUUGAUCCCAGUGAUCCAGGCGACUGACCACUUAAUGGCUGCCGCCUUAGGUGAAACGCCAGUGAAUGUAAAGGAACUUUUGGUAAAAUCAAUGGAUGCCAUCAGACUCCUGUCAGGUGCCAUAAGCGAGGUAAACAAGAAAAGAAGAGAAGGGUUUAAACCUGAGGUGGGGGCACCAUACAAAAGACUUUGCACAGAAAAAGUGACGACUACCAAGUACCUAUUCGGGGAUGACCUGCCAAAGAAAGUUAAGGACAUCUCUGACAGUAAACAACUAGGGCUCAAGAUGACUGAUAAGUUUACUAAGAAGAAAUACCACGGAGAGAAAUUCAACCCGUACCAACAUGCCAACAACAGGUUCCAUUAUGGACAAGGACACCCAUCAGGUGGUAAUCGUGGCACAGGGGGGAAGAAAACCUUCAGGGGUCGAAUCGUCUCCCCUUACCCUACCUACGGCAAAGGAAAGGGCACUGUUUUUUUACCGAAAAAGGAGGGGGAGAGGAAAUAUCAGUAG